ACAGUGAUAAAUUUAUUAUUUUUUAUCAUCAAUUUCGUAAUUUUUUAAAAUCAUACAUUUUUUAAAGUUUCUUCUGAAUUAAUUAAGAGUAAAAUAAAGUUUAAUAUUAAUUAUUAUAAAAUUAUAAUAAAAAUAUUGAAAAAAAAAAUAAUUUUAAUAAUAAUAAUAAUAAUAAUAAAGUGAAUGCAAUGUAGAGGAAUAAAUCCAAAAAUUCUUGGGAGUUUAGCAGCGACAAAUGUUGUAGCGCAAAUCUGCGGUUUCUUUAUUAUAUUUUAUUAACGGUUAUACAUUUAGAUUAUGUCCACAGCCAGAUGGCUAAUGACUGUAUUUAAAUAAUCUUUGGAUUGCACGAGCAACCGGGAAUCGAGUAUAAAGACUUCUGCAGAGCCGUUCGCUUAUCUUAGUUUUGUGAAAACCAAAGGGUCGUGUCAAACUGCUCAUGAUUUCAAAGGCCCUAAUUGUCGUUGGUACGAUGUUGGUACCGAUUAUUUUUGGUGUACCACAAGGGCCCUCUUAUCUACCACCAAGUGGUGGACGGCCAACUGGCGGCGGUACUGGACAUCCUGAUGAUUGGGCUGGGGAUCCAGCAAAUUAUGAGUAUUCAUAUGAAGUUCAAGACGCAGGACUUGGUGUUGAUUUUGGACACCGCGAAAUGCGAAAAGACGAAGAGGCGAAAGGAAGUUAUCAUGUUUUACUUCCAGACGGUAGAACACAAUUUGUUGAAUAUGUUGCAGACGCGGGUGGAUAUCGACCGGUGAUUCGGUAUGAAGGAACGGCGACAUAUCCAGCAUCUGGACCCUCUGGAAAUGAUGAGGGCUACAAAUAUUGAUACAAUCAUGCCAUAUAAGAUAAUCCUUUUCCAAUUCGUUAAAUUAUCACGAUAAAUCCUCGUCUCUUCUGCUACUUGGCUAUUUAUUGUCUUAUAAAAUGUCGUAAUAAAAAAUAAUAAUAUUAACUAUAAAAUAUA